AUGUCCUCUGAAUACACCAUCCCAUGUAAAGCUAUAGUAGCUUCCGACCAACACACAUGGACGUGGACAGACCUAUUCACCCGACCACCGAAAGAGGAUGAAUUCCUCGUCGAAAUGAUAGCUACGGGUGUAUGCCAUACAGAUAUCUCGGGCUAUGGCGGGAUCUAUCCACGCGUGCUGGGUCAUGAAGGCGCCGGCCGCAUCCUUCAACUCGGCUCGUCCGCCCAAGAAUCAAAAUGGAAAAUCAACGACUUGGUAAUACUAUCAGCCGCAUCCUGUCAAUCCUGCCUCUACUGCAAGACCGCCCACCCAGCCUAUUGCACUUCCCACGCAGCCCUCACCUCCGGCGCCAACGAGCCCAUCUUCUCCACCCCCGGACCCAACCCGCAAAUCAUCGGUGGCGGAUACUUCGGCCAGUCGUCCUUUGCGUCCCCGGCCCCAGUCAAGACGUCUUGUGCUGCAAAUGUCUCGCAUUUGAUCCGCGAUGCGGAGGAAUUGAAGAAGUAUGCGCCGCUGGGGUGCGGGAUCAUGACGGGCGCGGGCGCAAUUACGCAUGUGGGCCUAGGGGGCGUGGGAUUGGCGGGGAUAUGUGCUGCGAAGGAGAGAGGAGUACGACACAUCAUCGCCGUCGACCUUUUAGACAGUAGGAUUGCAUUGGCGAGGGAGAUGGGGGCGACGGCGGGGCUAUUGUCCACCGCAGAAGGCUUGCACGGGCGGGAAUUGAGCGCGGCGAUUAAGGGAUUAACCCCUGAGAGAUUGGGGUGCACGCAUGUUCUGGACACGACGCCGUCGGUGGCGAUUUUGGCGCAGUGUUUGGAGGCGCUGAGGAAGAAUGGGAUGGUGUUGCAGGUGGGGGUUAAGCCUGUGGGGGCGAGGUUGGAUGUCGAUUGUUUGAGUCAUAUGGUUAAUGGGAGGAGGUUGGUUGGGGUAAUCGAAGGGGAUAGAGAUCCGGUGGAAGCCUUGCCGGAACUUGUUGAGUGGGGGAUGAAGGGCAUUUUGCCAGUAGAGAAGAUGUUAGUUGAGUUUCCUGUGGAAGAGUUUGAGACGGCGCGGAGUAAGAUGGAAGAGGGAAGUGUGAUCAAGAGUGUGCUGAUAUGGUGA